UGUUUAUUUGAUUUCCCUUUGAACUGUUUCAGAAUCCUUUCUUUUGUUUUCUUCGUCAUUUUCAUCAAACCUCCGUUUCCACUUUCGUGCUGCUCCGCUUAAGUUCUUCCUGCUUUCAAGCUUUAUCCUUUCUUUCCCUGCAAUUCCACCAAAUUGCUCUCGUUACUGGUCCGGCAGCCAUUUAACUCUUCUCUGGUUUCUCUCCCAUGGAAAUCUAUACCCUUGAUUCUCCCAAUAGGUACCUGCACUUGAGAAAAGAGAGUCGACAUAGUGGAAGGAGAAACCCUACCUUUCUUCUUGAUGUUCGUUGUAGCGCAAACCUUAACAUCGGAAUAGGUUUCUGGUUUUAGAAUGGAGUUCGGAGACGGGGGAGGCGGGGGAUCACCUCGCGACGCAUCGAAUGGUGCUCCCAAGCAUGCUAAGAGGAAGAUGAAGACUCCUUCUCAAAUAGAUGUGCUUGAGAAGGCUUAUACUGUUUCCUCGAGGUUGUCGGAGCAGAUGAGGCAGGAGCUCGCCCUGAAGACAGAACUCUCAUCCCGGGAGAUAUCAAUGUGGUUUGCCAACAAGAGGUUUCAGGGAAAACAAGCCCAUUUGCUCAGGGAGUCUAAAAGGGAGGAUGUGCAUCCACUUCCAAUUCACUCUAACCCGAGCGGCGGUGGAAGUGGAUUUGUGUUAGCAGCCUGCCAUUUCAUGGAUUCCACCAUGAAUGAAGCAUCGGUUAGCGAAAGGUGUAGUGAGCUGAUCCGGCCAAUGGGGAAGACCCAAGUGCAGCAGCUGAUGCCAAAACUACAGAAAACACAUCAUGAAUUGGACCCAUCGGUGCUGACUUUUAUGGAGAGGAAGUUGGGAGGAAGGUUAAUAGAGGACGGGCCACUUGUCGGAAUGACUUUCGAUCCUCUGCCGCCUGGUGCAUUUGGAUCCCCUUUAUGCAGUGGCAAUGAAAUGAUGAGGAAGCUAAAACGGCCAACUCGUGCUCCUAAAGCCAAAUCUAUUUUGAAACAGAAUGCAGGGUCCACUAAGACAUCAUCUGUAUUCCAACGAACAGAGUUUAAUUGCCUGCAAAACUCACUUUGGAGAAUGCCUUCCGAUGAAGUUGGCUCUUCAGUUAAUCCUGACUCAGCCCAUACUAUCGGUAGCAAGUCACCAUGUAUUUCUUCUGGGAAGCAACAACCUCAAAAAAAGGAAUUGCAUCCAGACUACGCUCCUCAAGCAGAAGCUCAGUUUACGAUUUACCCCAUCAAUGAUAUAGUUGAUAAGUUUGUAUUAACUGAUACGUUGGCCAACGAUGUUACUUCUCAAGCGGAGAGGCUGCACAAGAGUGAAGCGGCUCGAACAGCAGAUGAAGUUGAAGCAGUGGAUAGGAUGGUGGCAUGUAAGAAACAAUGUUUAAAAAGACAGACACAUACUGACAAAGAGAUGCUUGAUCAUGAAAGGAACAAUGGAGAAGCUGUAUUUCAUGGAAACCAAACUGAUGAGGGGAAGUUGCAGUAUGUUGAUCAACUUAAAAGUUGCCUAAAGACGCUGAAUAAUGGAAAUAUAGAAGAAGAGAAGGUGAGGCAGCCAGAAGAACUGCAAUUGGGAGUAGCUUCCAUGGAGGAAGCUGUUAAUAGAAGCUCUAUAGCUCAUGGAAAUAUUCAAGGGAACAUUCGACUUAUAGAGGAUGAGCAACUUGAACUAAUGAAGCUAGCUGCUUCAAGGAAAGGUUUAUCAUCCAUUUAUUCUCUUGACAAGGAUACUUUGGAUAACCUUCAUACUUUCCAAGAUAUGUUAGGUACAUUUCCUCCAGAAUCAGUGCCUAUGAAGCGGCCUUUUCCCAUACUGCCGUGGACGGAUUCCGAAGAGAAUGUUGGAAACCUUCUCAUGGUUUGGAAGUUCUUAGUUACUUUUGCUGGUGAGUUUGGACUUUGGCCUUUCACCCUUGAAGAGUUUGCACAAGCUUUUCACAUGCAAGAUUCGAGAUUGUUGGGAGAGAUACAUGUUGCUGUGUUGAAGUACAUUAUUAGAGAUCUCGAGGAUUCCAAAAAUACUCAUGCGUGUGCACCAUGCUUUAGCGAAGAUAAGUUUGAUAACCCAGAAAGUACAAAUUCGAAAAUUGUUGAUGGGGUCCAUGAAUGGGGUUUUGAUAUACACUUCUGGAAGAACAAAUUAAAUUUUUUAACAUGGCCUGAAAUAUUACGCCAGCUUGCUCUAUCAGCUGGAUUUGGAACUAAAUUGAAGGCCAGCUAUCCAAAUUGCUAUGGUGACAAGCAGACUGUCAAUGCUGGUGAUCGGGUUUCAAGUUUAGAUAAACAUGUUGGUAGUAAUUCUGUUCUUGUGCAAGACAAAGAUAAGAGCUCUUCCUGUGGCAGUAGCUAUCAGGUAACUCCUGGAACUUUGGUGUUUGCCGUAUUCCAUGCUCUUUUCCUAGCGGGAACUGAAGGACUAACACCAAUGGAGGUUACAGACUACAUCCAGGAACAUCAAUUAUAUGAAUUUACAACAAUGGAAUCAGCCCAUGAAUCUAUUAGCAAUAUUCUGUCAAAAGAUGCUGAGCUUUUUGAAAGAGCUGGUUUAGUCAAAUAUCGUGUAAAGCAUUGUUUUCGGAAAGAUCCUUCCAUUGUUGAGAAGGUAUUAGCAGAUGAUACUAAAAGCAUACAGUUGUGCAGGAUUACACAUUUUGGAAAAAAGGCAUCUGACGAAAAUUUUGAGGAUUUACAUCUUGCCGGUAGUGAUGAAGACAUUGGAGACAGUUUUACAGAACAUCCUUUAUGUGGCAAAUUUACCAGGGAAAGCUCGUAUAACUUAGUUAGCACUAAAGUAUCAACUUCUUUGAAUAAAUCAAAUAAAAAUUUACAUACUGAUGAGCCUGGACUAAUAAAUGAAAGUGGGGUUGAAAAUGUGGAUAGAGUUUCUCUUUUCUUUCUUGAAAGUGCAGAAGAUGAAAUUGCUUUAAGCACUCGGAAUGAUGAAAUAAUUGAAUCUAUUCAUGAUGUUACUAGUGCUACUGGAGAUGGAAAGAGCAGUGAAGAAUGCUCUGAAUCAUGGAUUCGAGAGUUGACCGGAGGAGAGUAUUCUUCUUUGAGCAUCGAGAUGCGUCUUGAAGUGCUUGUUGCUUUAAUUGGUGUGGUUAUUGAUGGAAACUCAUUCCAUGUUUUUAUUGAGGAACGCUUGAAAGAAGCACAUGCCUGUAAGAAGAUGAUGUUGGCAAAAUUGAGAUUGGACAGAAGGCUGCAAGAAGAAAGAUAUGGGCUUAUGGACGAUACUGAUUAUUUACGUGCAAAUCCUGCAUUGGGGCAGCAAUUCUCCUCUAAGUCAAACUGUAUUCUUCAUGAGCAAUUUGAAUACACUCCAGCAUUGGGUUUAUCACAAUUAGAGUUGUUCAUCGACCAGAAGGCUGAAAUGCUACAUUCAUACAGACUUUUACCAUUGGGUUCAGAUCGAAGGCACAAUAGAUAUUGGCAAUUUUCAACAUCUUCAUCUCGGAAUGAUCCAGGCUCUGGAAGAAUCUUUUUUGAGUCUAGAUAUGGAUUUUGGAGAGUUAUUGACUCGGAUGAGGCAUUUGAUGCUCUUCUGGCUGUCCUGGACACCCUUGGGAUCAGGGAAUCAAAUUUGUAUUUUAUGUUGAAAGAAGUCGAGAUAAUGUUCAAAGAUACUGCUGGAAGGCUCAGAAACACAGAAUUUCGUGCAGAACCUACAAUUUGCUCGCUACAAACUACUAUCACAUCUGAUUAUCGCAAUUCUAAUGAUAAUAUCGACGAUGAGUUUUGUCAUUCUGCUUCAAAAAAGUACGUAAACUAUACUAAAUGGAUGUGGCAGGAGUGCUUUAAUUCUAGCUUGCUAUGUGCAAUGAAAUAUGGAACGAAAAGAUGUGAGCAGUUACUUGAAACUUGCCAUAUAUGUUACCAGCCAUACUUAGCUAACGAAAGGCAUUGUGUGAUUUGUCACAUGACUGUUGGUAUGAAUAAUAAUGCUUAUGAGCAUUUCACUGAACAUGUCAUUCGUUGUGAGGCUGAUUUGAAAAUACAAAUAUCAAUUCCCUUUUUUCCCAUCAGUAUCCAGCUGCUGAAGGCACAAUUAGCAAUUGUUGAGUGUUCAAUUCCGAUGGAAGCUUUUCACUCCUUCUGGGAUGAUGGAUAUCGUAAAUCAUGGGGUGUUGAAUUGAAGUUUUCAUCAUCUGCAAGGGAAAUUUUGCAGAGCCUUACUGUGUUAGAAAAUGCAAUUAAGCGAGAUUGUUUGAACCCAGAUUUUGUUACAACAAAUGAACUGCUAAGGUCCGAAAUGGAUUUGGCGAGUAAUGCAGCCAGUGCUUCUAAACCAAUUCCGGUAAUACCAUGGAUUCCUGAGACAACUCCGGCUGUGGCAUUGCGACUUUUGGAUUUUGAUUCCUCCAUCCCUUAUAUGCUGCAACAUGGCCUAGAACCUCCAGAUGGCACGGAAGCUGGAGAGUUCCUUGUUCUUCCACGCUCUACUGCAAUGGAUCUUACUCAUCAGAUAGAAGCAGCAUUCUCCGAUGACACCAAUGACCAAAACGGAAAUCAGGGCUUUUAUUCUGAGGCCAACUGCAUGCUUCAGGAACAGGCUAAUAACGGUAUAAAGCAAAGUAGCAGGACUGAUUUGCAAAAUAGAAAUCAUGGAAAAGCUAAUUCGAUAUUGCAAGAUUUCAGUUCCAGCGAUGAAGCCGAGAUCAACAAAAUAAGUGAAGAAUAUUCAGAUGAUGAGAGAGAUGAGUUUGGCGGCAUCGAGGCCGUCGAAAGUAAUGGUUGUCAGGAAACCGUCGAUUCUUAUCUUGAUAUCGAGGAUAUCGAGGAUUACGUUGAUGAACAAAUAAGCGAAGGCAGACAUUCCAAUAUUGCUCCAGAGCAGGUGGGAAAUUGCUGGGAUUUGAAAAUUAGCCGUUGGGAGACCGUCCUCUCCACUAAAAGUGCAGGAGAGGAAAAUUCCUCCUGUGAACACAAAAUAGAUAGCUUUUAGUACAGAAAUCAUUAUAAUUUCUAAAAAAUUGCAGCUGCAGAGUGAAGCUCCUCAUCUUCUUCAGACAAGGAGAAGAAAUACGUCAAUUUCUAUAAUUUCAUAGGCAUGAGAUUAUUAGGAGAAAGAAAAUAUGCCUUUGAUGAUGAUGAUUAGUGUUAUUAUUAUUUAUUUAACUUAGAAUGGUUAUUGACAACUCCAGCGAUUAUAAUUGAUUUCUAUGAUUUUUGAGGGGACUGAGACUGCAGGUGGACUUCACAGGUAUUAACAGAGAAACUUGACUGUGGUAGAGCCAUUUUUUUUUGCAAGCGCCACCAUUAAUAUCAACUUUGAAUUAUGUAGCAGUAUAAUGAUUUGUAUAUGACAUUUAAUUUAUACUAUCUGAAGCUGGUUUUUUGUAUAGAUUGAAUACUUUGUUCUCUGAAACGAAGGAAA